AUGGUAUCAGAGCCAAUAUCUUGUCAGCCUGAGGGUUUAUACCAUUUUGCAUGCAACCAAGUGAACGAGAAAAAAAGGUAUUUGCAGGGACAGAAGAACAAGGAGAUUUUGUACAAAUAUUUGGUUGAGGAUAAAAAUAUAAAAUCUAAAGAAAAGAUAAUAAUGGCUGACCCAGAUGAGAUGCAUAAACAAUUUUUCUUAGAACUCCAGAAUAACCAAAAGAAAACUGCAGAUAGUUUGGCUGAGACUAGAGAAGCCCUACGGUUAUUAAUAGAAAAACUUCAAGAAGUAGGGUCUACUAAUGAGAGAGGAAGCACUUCAGAGGGGCCAAAAGGUUUGAAACCUACAUCCUCUAAAUCAGAAAAAAGUAUAUUCUUACCUGUAUCAAAUGCAACUAUUAAUCCUAUGGAAGAGGUUACCGGAAAUCUAGUUGCAUUGAGGGCCACUUAUAAUGGCUUGGAUGAUGACUUUAAGGGUUCAGUUCCUUUUAGAGAAUAUGUGGACAUGAUGAACACUUUGCUGCCCAAGAAAGAGUAUAGGAGAGAGCAGGACAUACGUGGAAGAGAACUCAAAAAUAAAAUAAGCAAAUUCGCAACCCCUACCUUUGAUGGAACAAGCAAAAUUUCUGCUAGAGCAUGGUUACAAAAGUUACAAACCUUCUUCACUCUUAAUCCUAUGAAGGAGCAUGAUUUUGUUCAUUUUGCAACACUACACUUGGAAGAUGCAGCUUAUGAUUGGUGGUAUCAUGGAAUGACUACUCAAGGCCAUGGUCAGGUAACUACUUUUGAUGAGUUUAGUCAAAGAGUGAUAGAUAGAUUUGAUCUCAAGGAUGAGGAAGAGUAUUUUCAAGAAUUGUCAAAGUUGAGACAAACCAAAUCAGUUAAUGAGUAUGUAGAAGAAUUUCAAAAGGUGGCUAUUAUGGUACCUGAUAUAUCUGAAAAGAGAAUCAUUUAUCUUUUCCUUGAUGGUCUUGAGGAUCCAAUUAAGGGCUUGGUUAAGGCUUUCUCACCCUCAACUUUACAGGAAGCUAUCAAAAGAAGUUUGCAGCUUGAAACUUCCAUGCCUAAGAAACCAGUGACAAAUCAAAAGCCUCCAAAUCUUUGGCAACAUAAGGGAAAUUUUCAGAAAAAGUCUUUUUUACAACCACCAGCAAAGAAUGUGACAAAUACAACAAACAAGAAGGUAGAUGAAGAGAUUAAGAGUGAACUUCGAAGGAAAAAGAUUUGUUUCACCUGUAGGGAGCCAUGGGUUCUAGGACAUAGGUGUUUGGGAAAAGGUCAAGUGCACUAUAUUGAGGUUGCUUCAGAAUCUGAUUUAGAUGAGCAUGAGGAAUUUCAUGACACUAAGGAAGAAGAAGAAGAAGAAGAGAAAGAAAAAGAAAUCAGCAAGGGUGGCACUUUAGCAGCAUUAUCAGGAGUCCCAAGAUAUCAUCCUUUCCGCAUCCGAGGGGUAUUAGCAAGGCAGAGGAUGACAGUCCUUCUAGAUAGUGGGGCAACUCACAAUUCUAUAGAUGAGGGGUUUGUCAUAAAAAGAGGACUUAAAGAAGAAGAUUUUGAAGGGUUCAAUGUUAUUGUAGCUGAUGGAUUCACUAUGCCUUGCACACGUGUGGUAAAGCAACUCAAGAUGACUUUGGAAGACUAUGAGCUUUGUGAUGACUUCUAUGUUUUUGGAAUUGGAGAAAUAGAUAUUGUAUUGGGUGUUCAAUGGUUAUACUCUAUUGGGGGCUAUUACAUGAACCAUCAAACAAUGGAGUUCAAGUUCCAGUCCAAUGGGAAAGAAGUCCUAUUAAGGGGCUUAUCAAAUGGAGCACCCAGGGUGGUCACUGCAAAGAGGAUGGAGAGGACCUUUCAAAGAGGACAAGUAGCAUGGGCAGCAGGAAUCAUAAUCCAUCCCACGAGCUCUUCCAAGGGACAAGGUGCAAAACCUGUUAUAACUACUCCAUACCACCAUCCAAGGGGUUAUAAAGAGGAAAUAGAAAAGACUAUUAAGGAACUCUUGGACAUGGGAUUCAUAAGGCCAAGCUCUAGCCCAUUUGCAUCUUCUGUGGUACUUGUGAAGAAAAAGGAUGGUUACCAUCAGAGUCGCAUGAGGAAGGAAGAUGUGGAAAAGACUACUUUUAGAUGUCACUAUGGGCACGUUGAAUUUCUUGUUAUGCCCUUUGGUCUUACUAAUGCACCAGCAACAUUCCAAUCUUGUAUGAAUAAGCAAUCCUUCUAUGCUAAAUUAUCCAAAUGUGAGUCUGGUUUGACUGAGAUUCUAUACUUAGGACAUGUUAUAAGUUGCAAGGGAGUACAGGUUGAUCAACAAAAGAUUCAAGCAAUUUUGGAUUGGCCACCACCCACCAGUCUUACACAGUUGAGGGGGUUCUUUGGGUUGUGUAGCUACUAUAGAAGGUUUGUCAAAGGAUUUUCUCAACUUGCUGCACCUUUGACUAAUUUGACUAAGAAAGGAGCCUUUGUAUGGACAGAAAUGGCACAGAAAACAUUUGAUAAACUUAAGGAGGUGAUGAGCUCAUGCCCCGUACUUGCAAUUCCAGAUUUCUCCUUACCUUUUGUUGUUGAAUGUGAUGCUUCUAGAGAAGGUAUAGGAGCUGUCCUAACUCAAAAGGGACAUCCAAUAGCAUUUGAGAGCAGAAAAUUGAAUCAACUAGAAAGAGGGUAUUCCAUCUAUGACAAGGAAAUGCUAGCUAUCAUGCAUGCACUUGACAAAUUCAGACAAUAUUUGGUUUCCAUAAUUUCAGAGUAUGCUAAAGAUUCCUUUGCCACUAAUAUAUUGCAUGAGUUAGUGGAUGAUAAUAGAUACAAAGUUAUUGAUGAGCUGAUCUAUUACAAGAAUAGGAUAUUUUUGGUGCCAGGAUCAAAGAUUAAGGAAAAGAUAUUGAGGGCCUUUCAUGAAACACCAUUAGCUAGUCAUCAAGGAUAUUUCAAAACAUAUAGGCAGAUCCAAGAGUGUUUUGUGUGGAAGGGUAUGAAGGAGGAUGUUCUCAAACACAUUAAGGAAUGCAUGGUAUGCCAACAAAACAAGAGUGAGAAGAUUUUUCCAGCUGGGUUAUUGCAACCACUUCCCAUUCCUUAA